CACGGUUUAACUUCUACAGUGGCCAUUGUCUUGUGAAGAAGCUGGUCUAAAACCUUAGUAACUUCAGGGUUUAAGCCCUAGUAGAACUUGGCAGAAUCAGGGUUUUUCUUCUUACUGUUGAUUCUUUAUUAAUGUGGAGGAGAGCGGGGUUGAGCUGGAGAUGGAAUAUGCACCGGCGGUUGUGCACGGCGGCACCACGCCAAAUAGUGGAUGAAGGUGACUGGUUUUACUCCUCUGAAUGGUGGGGGUCCGAAUCCGAGUCCGAAUUCAAUGGAAACACCGUCUAUCGCACCGUCUCCGAGAAAGGGAACGGCGUUGUCUCGGUCCUCGCUUACCCUUCUUCUAGACCGAACAGAGUUUACUGGCCAGAAACAGAGAAGUGGCUUCAGCAAAGAUAUGCAAAGAUUGAUCCAGGUUAUGAACAGAAUGGACAUUUUAGAAUACUUGGAUAUCAAUGGCGUGUCCUUCGCUUUAAUGAUAAUACUCGCCAAAGUACAGUUAAAAUAAUGGCUGCUUACCGGGAAACUGAACCUGGCUCUAUAUGCAUCAUGCAGCUGGCACAAUGCCUGGCUAUUCCAUAUGUCAAGAGUAUGGUGUCACUUGGAUUGUCUACUAUAGUAUCCUCUAAUUACGAUCUAAUGGCAGCAGUAAAUGGGAAGAAAAGGAUGCAUAUUCUAUGCAUUGGUCAUGGUGGGGGAAGCUUGCCAUUGUUUCUGGCUAGUAAAAUUCAAGGUGCUGUGAUCCAUGCAGUUGAAAUUGACCCCAUUGUAAUUACAGCAUCAGUCCAAGCAAUGGGCUUUCCAGCUUUUUCUGUCAUGACCCCAUCAGGCAAACGUGCCUUGUCAAAACCUGAUAUUAUUAAUGAAGUAAUGUGGAAGGGCAUCCAUGAGAGGCUCUACCUCUACGAAUCAGAUGCUGAGAAGUUUGUCGUAGAGAACAACAAUCUGUAUGAUAUCAUCUUCAUUGAUGCUUAUGAUGGCGAUGACAUCUUCCCUAACAAGCUAUGGGAUCCACAUUCCCCCUUUCUCAAGUCUCUCAGUGACCAACUCCACCCCAAACAUGGCACUGUGGUGGUGAACCUCCAUGCUGACACCAAUAUCUCAAACCCCAACGAAUCCGUUUCAUACUUCUACCAGCGUAUUCUGCCAGUAGGAAAGUAUGUCUCCAGGGUUUGCAAAGCAUACAAGGAUGUCCUCAUCGGGAACGAACAAACAAGCAGCAAUGGGAAAGCCGGGAGUGGUAUAGGAUUCACUAUAUCAGUACCUUGGGUGUGCAACACAUCUCUAGUUGUGUGCAGAGGAUUCGGGUUGAGUAGUGGACUUGUUAACAGGGAUAUGGUAGUGAAUACUCUCAUAUCCAAAUCUGUUAAAGUAGACCAUAUGUUAGACUUACCCUUCUCAUGCUUGCAGUAUAUAAAGAGAGAUUUUACACUCGUUUGAGUAAAGUUUGGGUGGAGGCAAAUCCAAAAUGCCCAUUACAAGACAUUGUGAAUGUGGAAAACAGGCAAAGGAGCAAAAUUUUAUUUA